UGCUUUGGCUGAAACAGUCAUGCACUGUAUUUGUAAAAAUGGGAAUCACGCCGUGAUUGCAUCUCUGCCGUAGUACCCUAACUAACACAUGACCGUAAUAGUUUAUUACAUCAUUAAUACUCUAGUGUUAGCCGGUAGGGUUGUAUGGGCAGCCGGGGUAGGAAACAGAAGCAUCUAGUGCUCAAUUUUUGCUGUGUGGUAGCCUGAAGGCUACUGCUGCAAUUCGAGGCAGUAGCCGGUUCUCAGUACAUUGAGGCUUCGCUCCUAUCGCGAAGGCAGCUGGGGCAAGUUGCAGCGCCGGGUCCCUGGCAAGCGCUGUCCUCGGCUGGAUCGGGGCGGGCGGGCCGUAGGGUCUGGCCGCCGGGAGCAGCAAGCGGCCGUUCAGGGGAAGUCGGGCGGCUGGGAAAGUGCGGGCUCGGCCCGUACCCGCCCACAGGGCAAGUGGCGCAGGGCCGGGCCAGGCCGCACGGGGCGCAGGUGCUCCGAGGCCGGGACUGGAGGCGGGGCCGGCAGAACAGGAGAACAAAUCACAAAUGUCUUCCAGGAGUGUAUUAUCAGCCCACAGAUCAAAGCAGCCUGGAUCUACCCAAUAUGAUGAAGUACAUGUAGAUUCCUCUCUCUUGGAAGAUACAGCAAGUCUGCCUCAAAAUUCACAAAAUGCUGAACUGCUACUGGAUGUGGAUCCCACGCGGCCACCACCACCUCUUCCACUGCAACCACCUUUUGGCCCAGAAUUUUACCCAAGUGAUAGCGAGGAGCUGUCUAAUCUCAAACCGGUGAGGCGAUUCAUUCCAGACUCCUGGAAGAACUUUUUCAAAGGCGAAAAAAGAUCUCCAAAAUUGGAUAAGCCAGCAUCAGAUACAAAUUACACAUCUGAUGGAAUUGAGUGUUCUCCACCAGGAUCUCCACUACUGCCAGACCUCAAGUCAGCUGCUAGUUCUUAUAAAGACCCAUAUGGAGGAUCAGGUGGAAGCUACAAUUCACGCAAACAAGCUGAACCCAUGCUUCCCCAAGAUCCUUAUUCCUCCUUAGACCGACAUACUCAAAUGGCUCUAAAUUACAGUGAGAAGGUGGAAGACUAUAAUCUGAGAUACUCCUACAUGAAAUCGUGGGCAGGUUUACUCAGAAUUCUGUGUGUUGUAGAGCUGCUUUUAGGUGCAGCAGUCUUUGCUUGUGUCACAGCCUAUAUACACAAGGAUAAUGAAUGGUACAACAUGUUUGGAUACUCUCAGCCAUAUGGUUUUACAGCAAACAGUAUGUAUGGUGGCUAUUAUUAUAGUGGCCCCAAAACCCCUUUUAUACUUGUAGUAGCUGGCUUGGCUUGGGUAGUGACUAUAGCUCUUCUAGUACUUGGCAUGUCAAUGUAUUAUCGAACUAUUCUUCUGGACUCAAAUUGGUGGCCUUUAACUGAAUUUGGAGUUAACAUUGCAUUAUUCAUUCUGUAUAUGGCUGCUGCAAUCGUCUAUGUGAAUGAUGCUAACCGAGGUGGACUCUGCUAUUACCAGUUAUUUCAAACACCAAUUAAUGCAUCAUUUUGUCGCAUAGAAGGAGGACAGACUGCAGCAAUGAUCUUUCUGUUUGUCACAGUGAUUAUCUAUCUUAUUAGUGCAAUAGUUUGCCUGAAGCUAUGGAGACAUGAAGGCGCCAGGAGGCAUAGAGAACUAAUGGAGCAAGAGAUGAAAACACAAUCUUUUGCACCAAAAAGGAUGAAUGAAAGUGAGGACAGACCAAGAGAGGCAGUCAAUUACAGGCAACUGAAAUCAGUGGACAUGAAACCUGAACUACUAAAUGGCCACAUACCUUCAGGCCACAUUCCUAAGCCUAUAGUGAUGCCAGACUACUUAGCAAAAUAUCCAGCAAUUCGGACUGAUGAUGAGCGAGAUCGCUAUAAAGCUGUAUUUAAUGAUCAGUUUGCUGAAUAUAAAGAGCUCUCUGCUGAAGUUCAGGUGGUCUUAAAAAAAUUUGAUGAACUGGAUGCAUUGAUGAGCAAGCUUUCUCUUCACCCCGGAAACACACUGGAACAUGAAAGAAUUUCAAAGGUUCUUCAAGAGUACAGAAAGAAGAAGAAUGAUCCUACGUUUCUGGAGAAAAAAGAACGUUGUGAAUACCUAAAGAACAAACUUUCUCACAUAAAACAAAGAAUUCACGACUACGAUAAAGUUAUGAAUUGGAACGUACAGACAUAAUAUCACUCUAACUUUAAGUGAUACUUUGUAUUUUUGAAUGGAAAUUAUUAUUUUUAAAUAUUUAUCUUCAAAGCUAUUGCUUCCUCCAAUCAAUGCCUAUAUAUAGUCUGUGUAAAUUUUGUGCAUUUCUGGUAGUGUUUUGUACACAAUUAUAUUUUAAAUGCAAUGUAACAGUAUAAGUUAAGAUAUUUUCUGGCAUUUACAUUGAUUGAAUGCUUUAUACAUGUCCCUUUUUAUGCAGUCAUGGAUAUGAUAUAAUUGCUCACCUUUUUCCCUUGCUUCUGUCUCUCUUUAAAUGUGUGUAUCCUCUGUGCCAGGUCUGGUUCUUCUAGAUCAAGUCAAGAACCUGUGCAGUAGUGCUCUAACAAAAGUGUGUGUUCUUGUCCUUACAUGUUCCUCAGAAUCAGAGCCCCUGAAACUUGGCUCUUUGCCUACUUUUUUCCUCAUUCUGAGAGUGAUUGUUUAUUAUGGCGUGAACCCACAGAUCUCAAAAAACACUGAGUGGAACCUACCUGACAGGAAUGAGAGAGAUCUAGUACCAGCCUCUUUACUGUUUGGUCUUGAACAUUUAUUCAUUUCUUAUAUCUUUUAGUCUUCUCUUAUGGAAAAGUUCUAAAGAAAUCAGUUGGAGUUUUGCCUGACACAGGACUGCAGGAUAGGUCCUUUAUUAGCAACUAUAGCAUAGUUUGAUUCUGCCCUAUGCCUUGCACAGGUUAGGUAACUAAACUUACAUUCCUCAACUAUAUUAAUAUGAUAAUGAAAAGAUUAUUGAACUCAUGCAUAGGCUCAAGCUUAUGCUGCCACUUAACUCAUAUACAGGCUCAAACUCAUGUAUAGGCUCAAGCUCAUACUGCCAUGGAAUUAUCAUUGUCUUUUAACCCCCUUGGGUGAAGUAAGUUGAACUGCAUGUGUUAAAUUGAGGAAGAUGUAACUUUCAUGUUUGAGAGAACAGGAGAGAGUAGCUGAUGCAGGUGAUUGUAAACACUUGGUCAAAUUAAUGUACGAAGUAAAUUUAAAGUUAAGAAUCGGUCUAACUUUGCCCACCUCAGAAAAAGUAUUAUGGUAUAUAAACCUUACACAUUUUUAAAUCAAAGUAAAAUAUUGUUCCCUGGUGAGAGACAAACCUCUUGGGAUUUAGUUUGCUUUUAUACUAAACCUUGCAAUGUGUUUUAAGUUUGUAAAUAUAUCACGCAUCACAUUUGUAAAUACUUGCAAACUUAUAUAAGAAAAUGACAUUGUUUUCAUUAAUUUUAUUGUUGUAUGAACUUUUUUAUGAAUUAAAAUACACUGAAAUUGUUAGUAAU